AUGGAGGCGAGCCCCAACAAGAAGAAGAGGCUCCAUGACCAUCGCAAGCUCUUCAAGGAGGGCCAGAAGGCACUGACUCCGCCAGUGGCAGAUCCUACUCGUGCAUUCUACGAGUCGCUGCUGGAGGAGAAGCCCGACAGUGCCAUAGCAAUUCGCUUUUGUGUGGAGCACGGCGUGAAGCCACUCGAAGAGCACAAGAAGCUACUCAAGAAGUACAGCGUGCUGAAAGAGAAGGGCGCCUUCAAUGUCGCCACCAAACUCAAACGCGUCCUUGAGAAGAAGCAUCUGAAGCUGGGCGUCAAGAAGGACAAGAAAGCCAAGAAAGAGAAGAAGGAGAAGAACGCAGCCGAAAAUCCUGAAAAGGCUUAG